AAAAUGGAUAUGUUGAGGUGUUUAAAGUGAAAUAUGUGGACAACUUUAAGUGGUCGUAGAUGAUGAGUUAAGCCAAAAAACUAUUUUUUUUAUCUUCGAAAUCCUGAGUUAAGCCAAUGUUAAGCCAAUUCAUCCAAACAGUUCAGCUCUUCCUCCCCAACUCGCCGCCUCCACCGCGACGCCGCCGCCCUACCUACCCUCCCAUCCGCAGCGCCACUCUGCAUCACCGCCCCCAUUCUUGAUAUAAAUCCCCUUUCUUCCAUCUGCGUAAAUGAAGCUCUGCUGUCAUCCUCUUCAAUCAGCCAUGAAGAUGAAACUACCUCUUUGAGCUUCAAAUGGGAAAAAAAUGAACCUAUCACCUCGUAUAAUCUCUCCUUUAGCUUCCAAUUUACUCACAAAAACUUCCCAUUUCUACACUCAAUUCCACCAAAAUCCAUAUUCAACUCAUUCACUCCAAGCUCUUCAAAAUUCCCCCAAUUCGAACAACUCCAUCAUCACUUCUAUGUGUAAUUCACUACGCAGAGGAGAAAAUUGGCAAGUCUUAACAAAAAAGUUUCAAUCUUUUCACUUUACUGACCCAAUUGUUCAAGAAGUGCUCUUACAGCUCAAAGAACCUCAUGAUGCCAAAAAUGCCCUCAGUUUCUUCCAUUGGUCAGCAAAAAGUUUUAAUUCUCGACAUGGGGUUUUCAUUUAUUGCAUUAUAAUUCAUAUUCUUGCGAAAUCUAAGCUUGUUAGACAUGCCAAUGCGUUGAUUGAAUCUGUUUUGAGGAAAGAAUCAGGGGUUGAUGGACAUGUGUUUAGUGUUCUUGCUUGUUUAAUUGGAAGUUAUAAAUUAGCUGAUUCGUGUUCGUUUGUGUUUGAUUUGUUUGUGCAAUGUUGUGCUAAGUUGAGAAUGAUAGAUAAGGGUCUGGAUGUUUGUAAAUUGUUGGAUGGAAAUGGAUUUAUGCUUAGUUUAAUUAGUUAUAAUACUCUGCUACAUGUCGUGCAAAAGUCAGAAAAGACUUCGAUGGUUUGGGGUAUCUAUGAGUAUAUGAUUGAAAAAAGGAUAUACCCGAAUGAAAUGACAACUAGAAUUAUGAUUAGUGCUUUGUGCAAACAAGGGAGGUUACAGAGAUUUUUGGAUGUUUUGGAGAAAAGUCAUGGAAAAAGAUGUCGACCUGGGGUUGUUGUGAAUACGUGUUUGAUAUAUGGGAUGAUUGAGGAAGGUAGAAUUGAAGACGGGUUAAGGUUGAUGAGGAGAAUGUUGCAAAAGAAUAUGAUACUUGAUACAAUUUCUUGUUCGUUGAUCGUUCUUGCAAAGGUGAAGAUGAGAGAUCUGGAGUCUGCUUGGGGGGUUUAUGAUGAAAUGCUUAGGCGGGGUUUUGAAGGGAAUGCACUGGUGUACGAUUCAUUCAUUGGGGCAUAUUGUGAGGAGAAGCGGAUAGAUGAAGCGAUUAAGUUGAUGGACGAAAUGGAGUGUUUGAAUAUGAAACCAUUUAGUGAAACAUUUAAUCACCUGAUUAAGGUUUGUUCAGAAGUGGGAAGAUUAGAAGAAAGCUUGAAAAUUUGUGAUAAAAUGAUAGGAAAUGGGCUCCUUCCUAGUUGUUUAUCUUUUAAUGCGCUUGUUGCCAAGCUUUCUGAAAAUGGAAGUGCAAAGUGUGCUAAUAAGCUAUUGACUACUCUGAUGGAUAAGGGUUUCAUUCCAGAUCAAAGCAUCUAUAGUUACCUCAUUGUUGGUUAUGCCAACGUCGGUGACGUUGAGGGAGCACUUAAGCUUUAUUAUGAAAUGCAAUAUAGGUCGAUCUCUCCUAAUACUUCUAUUUUUGAUUAUUUAAUUAUUGCUUUGUGUGAAUGCGGGAGAUUGAAAGAAGCGGACGAAUUUCUGUCUUUAAUGAUUGGUCAAUCCUUGAGACCAAGCAUUCAUGUUUAUAAGAAAUUAAUCGCAAGACACUUGGAGAGGGGUGAUGAAACAAGGGCUAAUCAUCUGUACAGACAAAGACGUACCGAGAUUGACAACAUACAAUAGAAUAUUUCUGAGCUUUCUACUUUAUUUGCAAUGCUGUCUUGUUGUAUCAGUAAGCGGAUUAAAGUUGUUUCGCACAACUUCCUUUGUGAUGGCAUUGGUGAAUGUUUGUAGCAGUAAUGGAUGGAUGAGAGUGAUGGUACAAGUGAUUCUGUACUACAGCAUAAACCUAUCUGGGCUACUUAUAACCCGAAGUGGAAGAAGGAGAAGAAAAGAACAGUAGAAAAGAAGAAACAAGGUGAUCUGCACGGCACAUAUGGUUUUGUUCUGUCUUUAGCAGAUAUGGAUGAACAUCUUAUAAUGGAAGACGGAAGUCUUGUUUGGACAUGUAAAGAUGUACUCCAACAUCAGAAUGAUAAGAUGAUACCUUUGAGAAUCAUUUCAAGCUAUGUGGUUGGACUCUUCAAAAAUAUCAACAAGUGCGCAUCGGAUCCAACACGGAUGCAACAACUUUCCAUCUAUUAUUUGAGUGUUCUUAUUCUGCAGCUAUAUGGAUUUGAUGGUAUCCUGGAGCUUGUCAAGCUCAUUAUUGUGGAGAUAUUAUAUACAGAGACGGAGUCAGCAUUUGAAGCUUAUGUGUUCUACAUUUUGUUUUUGUUAAGAUGAAUUCUUCCAAGUUUGAUGAUAAAAGGUUUAUUUACCAAAAGAGAAAAUGGCCAAAAGCCGCUCCCAAAAAAUCUAUAAUCAGAUUUCCAACUACACACUGAUACUUUACGGGGUAUCACCUCCUGAAUUUUAUAAAACUGAAAUUAUUACCUCCCUGAACAAUAUUAAAAUUUCGUUUUAAAUAUAUCUUUUUAGUAAAUAUAUUUAUUUUAAAUGAUUUCUUGUUCUUAUUUGUUUUCUUUCUUCUCCAUAUCAAUAUAAAUCAAAUAUCUUCAUCUUUCACCAUCUCUAAGCCAUUGUUGUCAGCACCAUCUCCAAUGAAUUUGUCAUUUAAUUUUAAACAAAAUUUUGAACUCAUGUAAAACUCUUGCAAAAUCAAUCAACCUAAAUCAAUUGUAGAUAAUUUACAUAUUCAUAUCACCUCAAACUACUUUAGAUUUGAUUUGAGAAAAAUUAAGUACUUAAUCUCUUUGGAAUUCAAGGAUUCUUGAAACAUUCCUUCCAAAUUCAUUGAUCGAUUUAUGUUCGUAUCUUCACCUCAUUUGGGAGGCAACACUAGAAAUUGCAAAAUGGGGCACUCCAUUUUUCUUCUUUCUUGCCUUUUAAGAACUAUUAUCUAGGUGAUCUGGGUUUAAUUUAAAUUCAUUCCCCCUAAUAGAUCCUUUAAUUAUCAAUCUCAAAUCUCAGUUAAUCAACUAUACCUCACAAAUUGUCGCUAUCAAUCUCAUUAAAUCAUCAAUCGUCGGUGAAUCAGGUUUUUCCUCUUCGAAAUUAUCGAUGAUGAUGUGGAAGACAUCAAAGACUCCUCAUAUUCCUCGAGAGUUUGAUGACCUUCAUUAAUGGCAAUAAUAAUCUGCCCCGUUCAUCCUCUCUCCCCUAUUCCUUCACUUUUUUAAUUUGUUUUUUAGAUUUUCAAAGCAAUGUUCAAAUAUCCCGAUAUCAUCAUUCACCUAUCUUCUUCAAAGAUUCAGUUCAUUAUUCAGCCAUCUUCUUCAAAGAUCCAAUUUUGAUGAACUUAUGAUGUUUUAGUAAUGUUGAAAAUGGUGAAAGUGCUUUGGUGAUGGAAGGGAUGGGUGAAAAUAAUAAAAAAAAAGAGUAAAGGAAUAUAAAAAAUGAAAAGAAAUUAUAUAUGAUGACUUUCCACGUGUCAAAUGUGUGAAACUCACAUGCCACCAUAUAUCUGGUUAUGGCUUUUUAAGGGAAUAAUUAUUUCAUUUUUGAACAGUUCAGGGGGUGAUAGGACAUCCGUGAAGUUUAAGUGUGUAGUUGGAAAUCGGGGGUAUACAUUGAGGGGGUAUUUGACCAUUUUCUCUUUAUCAAAAUAAAUUAUAUUUCACUAUACUGGUCAACUUUUUUUUAAAAUCAAUUUUUCAUGUCAUGUUAUACUAUGUGUUUUUAGUAUUUGAACAAUUGAUGUCGUUGUAAGUAAGUUUAACUAUAUUGAGCUUCGAAAGCUAAGUAUUAUCAAUAAAUA